AAAAAGGGGGGAGGAAGAGGAUGAACUGCAUGUCGGAAACAGAAGAGGAGUGGAGGAGUGAAAAGGAGGAUUUAGAAAGAGGAGGAGUAAUUUUAGGGAGGAGGAAGAGGAGGAGCUGCGGAUGGAGGAAGAGGAGGUGUCCUGUCCGUUUGUGUCCAGUGGAGAAGGAGAGAGGAGCGGCCGCCAUGUUGACUAAGAAGCCCGGAACCUCGGUCCUCCCGACGGGGAGGCCCUAAAAUCGCCAUGUCGGACGCCGUCCAGCUGUCGUCGCAGUCGCACGUCCACGUCACCCAGCUGUACGAGGAGAACUCCAACAAGCGUCCGGUGCUGACCUCCCAGCCCAACGGCCUGGCUCCUCUAAGCUCCACCCGGCCGGGCCUGCCGCCGCCGUCGGACCGCCAGACCUCGGCCCCGGAGCCCCCCCACCACUGCCGGCAGGGCAGCGCCUCCUCCAACAAGUCGACGGACAGCAAGCCAAAGCCCACCCCCAUGACCCCGGAGCAGGCCAUGAAGCAGUUCAUGGCCAAAAUGUCGUCGCUCGAGCAUCACGAGGUGUUCAGCUACCCUGAAGUGUAUUUCGUCGGUCCGAAUGCUAAGAAGAGGUCCGGGGUCCUCGGUGGAGCCAACAACGGGGGCUACGACGACGAUCAGGGAUCCUACAUCCACGUUCCACACGACCACAUCUCCUACCGCUACGAAGUCCUGAAGGUCAUCGGCAAGGGAAGCUUUGGACAGGUGGUGAAGGCCUUCGACCACCGGUCGCAGACCCACGUGGCCCUGAAGAUGGUCCGCAACGAGAAGCGCUUCCACCGGCAGGCGGCGGAGGAGAUCCGCAUCCUGGAGCACCUGAGGAAGCAGGACAAGGACUCGAGCAUGAACGUCAUCCACAUGCUGGAGAACUUCACCUUCCGAAACCACAUCUGCAUGACCUUCGAGCUGCUCAGCAUGAACCUGUACGAGCUCAUCAAGAAGAACAAGUUCCAGGGCUUCAGCCUCCCGCUGGUCAGGAAGUUCGCCCACUCCAUCCUGCAGUGCCUGGACUCGCUGCACAAGAACCGCAUCAUCCACUGCGACCUCAAGCCCGAGAACAUCUUACUCAAGCAGCAGGGACGCAGCGGCAUCAAGGUCAUAGAUUUUGGUUCCAGCUGUUACGAACAUCAGAGAGUUUACACCUACAUCCAGUCCAGGUUCUACCGAGCGCCGGAGGUCAUUCUGGGCUCCAGGUACGGGAUGCCGAUCGACAUGUGGUCCCUGGGCUGCAUCCUGGCCGAGCUGCUGACCGGUUACCCGCUGUUGCCGGGCGAAGACGAAGCCGACCAGCUGGCCUGCAUCAUGGAGCUCCUGGGCAUGCCGAGCCAGAAGCUCCUGGACGCCUCCAAGAGAGCCAAGAACUUUGUGUCGUCCAAGGGUUACCCGCGGUACUGCACAGUCACCACGCUGCCCGACGGCACCACCGUGCUGAACGGCGGCCGCUCGCGGCGGGGGAAGGCGCGCGGCCCGCCCGCAAGCAAGGACUGGAGCGUGGCGCUGAAGGGCUGCGACGACCCGCUGUUCCUGGACUUCCUCAAGCAGUGUCUGGCGUGGGACCCGGCGCUCAGGAUGACGCCCAGCCAGGCGCUGCGGCACCCGUGGCUCAGGAGGCGGCUCCCCAAGCCGCCAACGGGAACCACCACCGCGGGGGAGAAGACCUCCUCAUCCUCCUCCUCCAAACGGGGCCCCGCCACCACCACCAACGACGGCGGCGCCAUCACCUCCAUCUCCAAACUCGCCCCCACCUCCUCCUCGACCACCACGUCGUCCUCCAAAACCAGGACUAACUUGGCCGCGAUCACCGACGCCAACGGGAACAUCCAGCCUAGGACGGUGCUGCCCAAGCUGGUCAGCUGAGAGCGAACGCACCCUCAACGCUCGCCGUGGCAGGAGCCGGGAUGCCGGCUCUUGAAAUAAAUCUGGUUUUGUCCAGUUUUU